AUGAACCCCAAAUUUCAUGUUCCUAUUGUCAAAGAUAUGCUCAAGCGUAGCUUCUAUCGAUCUACUGCGUUGGCAUUGGGCACUGGAAUUGUAUUCGCUGAAAUAUACUAUCGAACAUAUGUUAUUCCUCAUCGCAAAAGUAGAGAAGAUACAUUUUCUCUUGCACUCACUCGCUUGACUGAGGAGCGUCGGCAAUGGAGAAAAGACCAUCCUUUUGGAUUUUACGCCAAGCCUGAUACUAACGAUGAUGGCUCUAUGAAUCUCCUUCAAUGGAAAUGUGGGAUCCCCGGAAAAGAAAAUGUACUUAAUGCACCUUUUUAUGAUAGACUCCCUGGGCUGGAGGUGUCUAUAAGCUCACUAUGA